AUGGCAAAGAAGAAGAGCAUAUUCGACGGAAUGAGCCACAACAACCAUCGGCCUGGCGCUCCAGGCACCUCCAGAGACCACCUCCACACAGGCAAACCCGCAGGUAGGGCAGUGAAAGCACAGUCAAAGGAACAUAGCAGACAAAGCUCGUCCGAUGACUUCUUGACCUCGGGUGUCUACAUCGAUCACCGCAAGCACGAUGACUUGGUGCUCCAACAUUCGGCUCCAGGGAGGUCCAGAAGGAGAGCUACCCACCAGCCCCAAAAGAGGGGCUCGGAAAGCCACAUCCAAGAUACCCCAGGGCUGCCUAUAUUGCCCUUAACGAACCAGAACCUCCAGAACUUGAUCAAAGGAAACGAAAACUCGCCCCGCACAGAAACUGGGAGGUCCCGUCUCAAGGAAAGACCAUAUGGAUCUGUCGCGUUAGAUAUGGACCAAUACGCCCGUGAACAAUCCCAGCUUGCCAAAACCCUGGCACUAACCAAUCCGUUCAAUAGGGCUGAUCAGGUGGACAGGUUGUCCUUGCCUCAUGGCGACGAUGACGAUGAAGAACGUCUCUCGCUCAAUUCAUACGAGUUUGGUGCUUCCAACCCGUCGUCGGAACAUUCGAGUGACUCUACCUCGUUGGACGACGUUUGCUUCCCCGAUUAUUACGACCAGAACGGUCCAGACAGCAAAGAUAGCUACGAAUGGCCCGACUUGAAGGUCUUAGAAGAGUAUGUAAAGGAAGAGCUAGAGGAGUUUAUGGAAUCGAAGGAUGAAGAACAAGUACAUUUCAAUGUGGACUUUCAAAAGAGAGCAUCGCACAAGAAUGAGAGUCCAGAAAACCUGCCAACAUCUAGAUACUUGGGACAUGUUGAGAGCAAUGAAGAUACCCCAUUGUUGAACAAUUAUCAUGUUAAUGAAGUUGAUUCUUUGGAUCUGAUGAGCAAUUCACUCAGAAUCAGACCCACUCCAAUCCAACCAUGGGAAAAAUCCAAGGAGCAGAUCCCUACCAUUUUGAGAAACCAGAACGGACCUAGCAACUUCCAAACAAAACAAGCAGGCAAGGCACCUAGGUAUGAUGGUAAACUCUGUAGGUUCACUUAUUUCAGAGAGGACCUUAAUACUACAAUUCAUUCACCAACUAUAAGUGGUUUGAUUGGGGAAGAUGAAUCAAGCGAUGAACCCACAACUGUGGAUAAGGCUUCCGAUUUGCAAACUACUUCCCAGCAUGAUGAUCAAGAUGAUGGAAUUUAUUCCAAGCUUCAAGAAUUGUUUAGACCAAUUCGCCCAACAUCACUCUCUAAGUCACCCUCUAGUGCCAGUGUAUCUAACGUUGCAAGUCAUCAUGAAAAUCACAAUUCUUCUGGUAUCAAUUUGAAUGGUAACGCAUUGGAAGUAAAACCACUCACGAAGGUCGUGAAGCAAGCAUCUAAGGGAAAUGAAUCGCCUUACCCUGAUGGAGCAGGCUCGGUUGCCGCUACCUCAGAGAAACCACCAAACUCUCCAUAUUGGUUGGAUGUUUUAGAUCCAACGGAGGAGGAAAUGAAGGUUUUAUCGAAAACAUUCGGAAUACAUCCAUUGACUACUGAAGAUAUCUUUUUGGGCGAAACCCGUGAGAAAGUUGAACUUUUCAAGUCAUACUACUUUAUUUGCUUUACUUCAUUUGAUGUCGUUUAUGAAAGACGGAAACAAAGAGCCAAGGAACAAGAAAAGAAACUUAACAAACUCCAGGAAAUGUAUGAAAAUGCUGGAACUGGCGACGGCAAUGAUGCCAAUAGUAUAUUUGGAUCUCCUGAACAAAAAUCUAAGGUAUGGGGCUUUUUCAGAAACUGGGUCAAUAAGAAGUCCUCCGAUACAAGGAAAUCUACGAGCCACUCAUAUAAUAAAGUUCCCACCAAGGGUUCAGGCUCUAUGAAGUCCAGACAAAAGAAAAUAAGAGAAGGUGAAUUGCUGCCAUUGAACAUGUACAUGAUUGUUUUCAAAGAUGCUGUGAUUACCUUCCAUUUUUCUGCCACUCCACAUCCAAUCAAUGUUAGAAGACGUGCUCGUUUACUCAAAGAUUAUUUGACGGUCAGUUCUGAUUGGAUAUGUUACGCAUUAGUUGAUGACAUCACAGAUUCUUUUGCACCUAUGAUUGAAAGUAUUGAAGUCGAAGUCAAUUCCAUCGAGGAUGCAAUCUUGAAAAUGCAUUCAGGGGAUUCGGAUUCAGAUGAUGAUUCGGAUCUGGAUUCGGAUCUGGAUUCAGACGUUGAUUCCCACUAUGGUCGCAAUAUCAACGCUAGAAGAAGAAAAAAGAGUAACGAGAAUCAGAAAAAUACAGGGGAAAACGUAUUCUUCAGGCGUAAGAGAACGAAGUCCACUGUUGACCACAGAGUCGGUUCCAGAUUCAAGAACUUUCCGAUUCGCUCCUCAUCUUCUAAGAGCAGCUCGAAGAGUAGUCGCAGUUCCAAGACUGAAUCAAAGACGAUUGGAUGGAAAAGAAAGGGUGAUAUGCUUAGAAGAAUUGGAGAGUGUCGUAAGAGAGUCAUGUCAGUGUUAAGGUUAUUGGGUUCCAAAGCCGAUGUUAUCAGAGGAUUUAGCAAACGUUUCGGUGAAGCCAUUAAUGAGAGUCGUGAUGGUACCAAGAGUGAGAUUGGUAUGUACUUGGGUGAUAUCCAAGAUCAUAUUGUCACCAUGGUUCAAUCAUUAAACCAUUAUGAGAAACUUCUUGCACGUUUCCAUUCCAACUACCUAGCACAAAUCAAUAUUGACAUGACUAAGGUUAACAACGAUACCAACGACGUUUUGGGUAAAAUCACUAUUUUAGGUACUAUUGUUUUGCCUAUCAACGUUGUGACUGGUUUAUGGGGUAUGAACUGUGUGGUUCCCGGACAAGAGUAUGAAGGUCUUGCAUGGUUCUGGUGUAUUGUUGCCAGCAUGAUCAUAUUCAGCACAAUUGGUUACAAUUAUGCCAAAAAGGUUACCGGUUUGUAA